AGGUCAAAUUGUAAUUUCGCAAAAAAUUACUUUCGUUGGUCUCCAGAUUUUCAAAACCCUAGAUCGUCCCAAAGUUCGAUCUUCCAUUAACUUAAUUUUAAAAUUAAAACAAAACUCCAAAAACUACUAAACAUGGCUGCCAAAUACAAGAUUGUCAUGGUCCGUCAUGGAGAAUCUGAAUGGAAUCAGAAAAAUCUUUUCUGCGGUUGGUUCGAUGCCAACUUGAGUGAAAAGGGACAGCAGGAAGCAGUUGCUGCUGGAAAAGCCGUCAAAGAGGCUGGCCUCAAGUUUGAUGUUGCCCACACAUCUGUGUUAACCCGUGCCCAGGUUACAUUGAACAACAUCCUUAAGGAAUCCGGCCAAACUGGAAUCCCCAUCAACAAGACAUGGAGAUUAAACGAACGUCACUACGGAGGUCUUACUGGAUUGAACAAAUCUGAAACUGCAGCCAAGUAUGGCGAGGACCAGGUGCAGAUCUGGAGACGUAGCUUUGAUACUCCACCACCACCAAUGGAACCAGGUCAUGCCUACUACGAUACCAUUGUCAAGGAUCCCCGCUAUGCCGAAGGUCCAAAGGGAGAUGAAUUCCCAAUGUUCGAGUCAUUGAAACUCACCAUUGCCCGUACUCUGCCCUACUGGAACGACGUAAUCAUUCCACAACUCAAAGAAGGCAAACUAAUCAUCAUUGCUGCUCAUGGUAACAGCUUGCGAGGAAUUGUCAAGCAUUUGGACAACUUGUCUGAUGAUGCCAUCAUGGCACUUAACCUGCCCACCGGUAUUCCUUUCGUCUAUGAAUUGGAUGAAAACUUCAAGCCUGUUGUUUCUAUGAAAUUCUUGGGCGAUGAAGAGACAGUUAAGAAGGCUAUUGAAUCUGUUGCUGCCCAAGGCAAGGCCAAGUAAACAGCACAGAACAAGCAUUUGAAAAAAUGCUGUUUUGUUUAUCAUAGAGUAAAGUUUGGCUACACAAAUAUUCAUGUAUAGCGUAUUUGUUUUAUUGUAUAUGAAUCGCAGUUAAUUAAAAUUGAUGUUUUUAAGUAAAAUAAAAAAAAUUAAAUAUUUAUUCAUAUAGACAUAAAAUUCA